UCGUGGGAAGCUUGGUAGGGAGCGCGGUAGAGCAAAGGGUCCGGAGGGGCAAAGAGCGAAGGGCCGAAGGAAGGCAGGCAGGUCGGCGGCGCUCUGCCUCGGAAGCAACGCUCGGUUUCGCGGGCGGAAUGGAAGCGGAAAUAGCGCCUGCGUAGCGUGGAGCACGCGUACACGUAGUAUAUAGGAGAGCGGUUGCCGCUCGAGGCGUCACAUUGCGUUCUCGAGAGGACAGUCCUUCGUUUUCGCCGAAUAGCCAGCCACAGCUGUCCUGCCGGACGCGAUCCUGUCCUCAGGAUCCUCGCAUCGGGAGCAAGUCGACAGGAAAAGCCGCCGAUUCUCUCCGUCGCUUCCUCGCUCUCCCUCUCUCUCAUCCUCCGCCGCGAGGAUCGAAGAAAAGAAUCGUUCGGCGGACGAACGUCGAGUUGAAUCGAGGAGGAUUCGUGGUUCGAUCCUGUUCGCGCCACGUCCGAAGGAUCAACGAGAGAUCGAGAAGAGCUCCAGAGACAGCCGGAGGACACCUCGGCACAUCCUCGUUCGCGACUGUUUGAUGCUGCGAUCUGCUGUUAUAUAAAAGGACAGACAGAGAGAGGAACGCACGCAGAUGGGGAACGGAGUAAUUCCCUUAGUGAUGGUGGCUAUGGUGCCCAUCAUCGCGGGCACCAUCGGGCAACGCGCCCUCGUCAAGCGGAGCGUCAACAGCCUCGACUAUCCCGACUACGCGACCAAAUACGAGGAGUAUCCGGUGGUGGUGCCGAAGAGGGCGGCCCUAUUGUUGGACCAGCUGAUGGUCGCGCUGCAAAAGGCGGUGGACAAUCAGAGCAAGGGCGAGCUGGGGGCCAGCAGAUCAUCCUCGUACGCGAGAUCCUCGGGACCUCAUAUCACAGCGGGGGAAUCGCAGAUCGUUUCGACCGGGGACGAGCAAACGAUGGACCUGCAGCGACGUGGCCAGUCGAAAGGACGCGUGUACUGGCGGUGCUACUUUAACGCGGUGACGUGCUUCAAGAGAAAGUGAUAACAAGCACAAUAGUCCCAGCUUCGCCUUCGAUGCCCGACUCGACGACCCCGUAUCAUCGCCUCGACCCGCAGCUCGGGGACCCCUCGAAUCUCCUUCCUCCGUGGCGUGCUUCUCCCGUUCGGCCCACACCAGCAGACGUAUAAAUCGCGGAACCAACGGAAACUAGGCCCCUAAGUCCCACCGACGAAAUCGCUCGGCCCUUCGUCGCGAGUCGGGAUCGCGAUUCAACUUUCUCUCUCUCUCUCUCUCUCUCUCUCUCUCUCUCUCUCUCUCACUCUCUCUCUCUCUCUCUCUUUCAUCUUUUCUCUCGCUUCUCCCGUGUCUUUCGAAGCAGCAUCGACCCUCCGUGAAAAUAUGUUAUAGUCCCCAUGGCUUAUAAAACGACACCGGCAUGCUGGACUCCCGAUUAAACGUACUUCACUUGUGAAAGCGUAUCAAGCAACACGA